AAGCAAGUAACCUUGAUUAUUACAGAUAUUCAGAAAGAAAAAACAGAGAGGGGAAGAAAAUGGAGAGAAAGGCUUUGUCAUUUCUUUUGAUGUGUGUGGUGAUUGGAAUGUCUGUUGGGCAGUCCAAUGCUUUCUGGCAUGGUUUCAAGGAUUGCAUGAAGAAUUGUUUGAUUCAAUGUGCUAUUCCUCCAUGGACGCCUUCUUGCCCUGCUAUGUGCAUGGGUAAGUGCAUCAUCCACCCAUUUGCAAAAGGCACUGAAAGCUCCCAUCAGUUCUGCACUUCUGGCUGUGCUACCUCCAAGUGCUACAAGCUCAUCUCUAAAGAGAAUGACCGUUUGGAUGAAGUGGAAAGCUGCGUUAACGGCUGUUCACAAACAUGCGUUAUCAAUUACAGGCCUGCAAACUGAUAGAAAAGAGCUUUUAACAGAUUGAUUCGGUUGAAAAUGGUGUCCUUAGAGUUGAAGAUUCCUGAAUAAGAUGUCCCCGUGGAAGUACAGAUAAAUAAUGAGUGUACCUCAGCUAUAAACACAGUUGUAUACGAUUAAUAGAGUGUUAUUCCUCUAAUAAUUAAUGAUCAUCCAUUCCUUUGAUCUUCUAUAA